GAACAGGGAGUGGGGUUGCAUGGGGUACGGCCUUCCAGUGGGGCUGGAUGCUAGGCAGGCUGGGAUUGGAUCUUUGGUCACGGUUGCCACUCUCAAGACCUCCGAGGGCAGCGGGAAGACACAGACCCAAUGCCUCUUCCUCCGGACUGAGAAAGGGAGCUUUUUGUACUCCACGGCUAAGCCCAGUUCCGCUGUGACUCCCGGUGCAGCCUCCAGCGUGGUGGGGGGAUGGCUGAGGGCGAAGACAGGAGGAGGCAGAGACAUCCCAGCUGGGAAGAGGGACGGCGGACUGACUCCGCCGGCCCAUAUCGGAGUAAACCGGGUUAGGGUGCGAUCCGGCCGCAGAUGGAGGAAGUCCAGCAAUCCAGCAGCCCGGGAGAAAACGGACAUGAACAGAAAGCGGCAACAAAGUGGCAGGGAGGAUCCCGCUGCAGAAUUCACUCUGGAAGAAAGGCAGGAAGAGCGAGACAAAGGGGGCCUGGCCGGUAAACACUCUCCCAGAGGGGAGAAAGAGGAAGUGUGCAGAAGUCCAAGAUGCUGCCACAGUGCUGCUCCCAAAAGUUGUAUACAGAGAGCACAGAGGAAGGAAAGCCAGGAUGAUUGUGAUGGAGGGGAAAGUCCUACAAGAGGUGCCUCGAACAGGCUGAACGGUGAGGUGAAAGGAAUGAGGAAGCAGAGGCAAAAGGAGGAGGAGGAGGAGAAGGGAGGAAUCUGUGGGUUAAAGUCAUCCAGCUCACAUUUGGCUGGACCAAACCCUGACCUAGAAGCUGAACACUUUCUUCCAGAAUCCCACAGCAGCCGUGACGUUGAAGAGAUUAAAAAAGCAGAGAGCAACGAGGAGCAGAGGACACAAAACCCCGAAGGCAAGGAUAAUUAUUCAGAGAACGAGCAGGAUACAAACUCUGAGGUUCAGAAAAUGCUCACUGGAAAUAAUUAUUUGAUUCAUGGCCACUCUGGACAGGUGACUGAUGACUUUGUAUCGUUUCUCUAUAAUGUGGAUGCAGAUCAAGAAUCAGUGAAAGAGCUGAAGAAAGUUGAUCGUGAAGAGGAGGAAGGAAGCAUCAAUCAGACUUCUGCUGAAAUCAUGGCUGUCCGGUAUGAGUCUGUCUCCGCCUGCGCUUCCUCCAUAAGCACUACAGUUUCCCUUGAACCAUCCGCUCCUGUAGAGGGCAACGGCUGCUUUGCAGACGCUGUCAACUGUGGUUUUCCUACAGAUCAGGAGAACAGCAGAAAAGAUCACCUCCAGGGCUAUCAACAAGGGACGGAAGAGCCAGGGAUCGUUGGUACAGACAAAUUAGUUGUCAGCAGACUUGAGCUGGGUGACGAGAACAACACAAAAGCCCAGUCUUUCAUUCAAAAUGGGUUGAACCCCAGUCAGCCAGAGGAGAGUGAAGCUUCAUCAUCGCCCCAAAGACGCAGAGAUCCUUCCCUCUUUGAUAAAAAGCUGAGGAGUGUGACAGGGAACAGGUGCAACUAUUGUACAACUGGACUUAACAGAGCAGAGCCGAGGGAAGAGCUGGCGUGGGAAGCAAACGUGGAAGAGAAUGUGCUGGAGAGAGUAAAUCCUGACAAAGGAGAUGAAGCUGGGGCGAUUCGGCGGAAGGGGGGCAUAGGCUGCGAACUGGACGAUGGUGAUGCAAAAGGGGAUGACGGCAUGGAACGUCACACUGCGGAUGACAGAAAUGACAGUCAUAGACGGGAGGCAAUACCAAACUGUGCAGGAAAAGACAAAUGUAGGUCAGUGGAGUUUGAAGAUGAUCGCAGGGGAACGCAGAAAGAGGUCAGAGACCGCUGCGAACAGACACGCAUCCCCCACGUUGAAGCAAAUGAAGAGGCGAGCGCUAACGUCACUAAUGUUGCCUGUGCUGAUCCCUCCACCUCUCUUCCACCCACCCUGGCUAAUCCUGCCCCCACUAUGCCCCCCUUGGGAUCCAUGGCAACCGGCCUGCCCUGUCCUGAGGCGGUGGAGGAAGAGAAGAAGGAACGGUUUGGAGUGCCGGUCCGAGAACAAAAAAGAGGCCAUGAAGGGAACGGGAGAUUAGGGAGACAACCGGAGGAACAGGGUGAGGAGAGGGGCUCCACCGUGGCCACUGAGGAGGAGAGGGACAAGGAAGAGAAGGAGGAAGAUGAGUUUGGAGUGUUCAUGCAGGCGGAGGGGGAGCCGGCCUGGAGUGACGAACACGCCAUGUCUGCCUCAGUGCCUUGUGGGAGCCGAGAACGUGUUGCACUUGAAAACCAUUCCAUCGCUGGGGACUCGGCCCACUGGACGCCAGGCUGGACGGACAGCUCUUUCCAUCAAUCGGACAACACUUGGACAGCCUUUUCUCAGGAUUCGUCAGGUGAAGGUAGCGAUGGGGUGGCACAAUGGUGGCCAAGCAGCGCCCUGGAAAAGAGCAGACUCUCGGCCAAUCAGAAUCUGGAGUCUGUUUUUGGUGAAGCCUUCCCCUCGCCGCCUUGUCCGUCCUCAGAUGACCCCUGUGACCUACAUACUGUCCCCACGCUGUCCCAUCUCUUUAGGGCAAGAGCCAGCCAUGACCUGGGGCUGUUGGACGGUUUCCACGACUUGAACAAAAUGAUUUGCCAGAGAUACAGGAGAGCGAACGGCGUGUCUCGUGACCUGCUGCUGAGGUCUUUACACCUGGAGCCGCCGUACCCUGAAAGCAGAACUGCAACCUCGGCAGCCAAUCGCCACCUCUCCCCCGGCCUCCCCUCAGCCAAUCGGCGCGCUCAGAAUGCCGCAGCUAAGCGACGGCUGUCCUACGACCACACCAAAAACGUCAUUGAAUAACUGCGCGGGCUCAGUUGUGGUUGGACUGUGAUUCAUCCAUGUUUACCCGAAGAACUGCAGGGUUUUAAGCCGGUCAUGUCGGCCACAUGUCGCGUAGACAACAUGUACUAUCUGCUAGUCAAAUACCGACUGGCCUUUUGACUCUUUGCACUCUCCCUGUUUAUUUAAACCUGAGCCAGUGAGUAGAAACAACCUGGAAGGAAUCUGAGCAACACUUUGGUUUUUAAAAGUUGUCUCCUGCGGAUCCUGUUGAUGUAUACUGGUGGAGCGUUUGUGCCACCUUGUUCACCACCACCAACACCACCACAUUUCUAUUCUCAUGUUCCCCCGUUGAACUUGAUAACAGCUGGUUGUCAAAGAUUGUUUGUGCGAUCACCUGUGGCUUCGAGGUUGUAACUAUGUCACGUAAGAGUCAAGACAUUUUUUAAUGUUACCACAUCAACCUGGGAUUUUACCCUCCUGUUCAUUUAUUACCUGAAAUUGUACCUUAACAGCACUAUUUUAUCUGUGUCAAAGCUGCUGUUUUGGGCUGGAGUUGUUUCAUGUUAGAACUAGGCCAGUGCCCAUUUGUGUUGUCCCUAUUUAAGUGUGGGUUCAUUGCUUGAAUAACUGCUGCGGUGAAGAAGAAAAGUAUGUUUGUGAGGUCGAUAUAGCCAGCGCACGGCAGCAUGACUGAGCUCCGGUCAGCGGGCCUGUUAGCGACAUGCCAACGCCUGCAAAGCCCUGAAGCUCCUCCCCCGCUGCUGCAGAGCAUUUAUUCAAAAAUGUUUACCGAUCCGAAUGUCCAAAUUGCUACAAAGUCAACAAAUUUCUCCAUGUGAACCCCAGAAAACCCCACCAAGUGUAAAGUAGUUGAGAGUAAGGCUUCCCUAGAAAUGCAAAGGUCACACAGAUUUCGGAGCUAAACAAAAAAAGAUUGAUUUGCAAGGAAUGAAUGAUUCAAGUAAAUAUCAUUUACUUUUUUUCUUACAUUCAAAACUUGAGAUGAGUUCGCUGUCUGUCUUAUGUGUAUUGGUUGUGUCUGUCAUUUCAUACCCGUUUCUCCUCCCCUUUUCAUUUUACCUUUUGCUAAAUAUUAUGCAGAAUAUGAAUUUUCUCCACUCAAAUGAGAUUUCUUCCUCUUCUUAAGCAACAGUACCUUUUUUGAGCUAUUCUGUAUUUUAAAAUGACACAUCUAAUACACACACGCUUUCUGUAAGAACUAAAUUUACAAUAAUAAUUUCAAAUACAGAAAUAGAAAUGCGCGAGAAAAAAACAACUGCCUUUUGCUUACACUCAACACAGGCUUUUACCUCAUAACGGCAAGACAUCUUAAAGCCAAACACGUAACAUGUCAACUUUGAACAGAAACUCACUGUACAACACAUCUCCACCAAUAAUGUCAGCUGCAUGUCAAAGCUUUUGAAAGAGAAAGUAAACAAAUCAUGUGAUUCAUCUGUAGAGCAUUGCUUUUACUUUCAGGAUGUUGAAAAUGCAUCUCACAUCUUCUCCUUUUACAUUUUGCAGAGUGAUGCAUGUGCUGUUUUAAUUUGUCUUUGCCACAGAAUAGCGAUGGAAAUGAGUCCUUAACAAAAUGAUUUGGUUCCUCUGAGAAAUAAGUUUGUCUUCCAGUUAGUGCCAACAGGAACACCGAUGCAAGUGCCAAUGUUUACGAGGACCGAAGCCGACCGGUUCAGGAGGAAACAUCGCUGCUUGUUUCUCAGACACGAUUAAGUGGACUCAAACUCCAAAUUCUGACACGUGAUGUUUCUAUAUUUUCCUUUGUCUUUCUGUGCAGCUUUCCUCUCUUUCAGUACACUCGCAGUUGAGUCCACUUCACGGAAAAAAACUUGAACCUAGCUGCCAAUCAAAACAAUGUUUUUUUUUAUGAGAACAUUGUUCAUAUUAUGACUGUGUCAAUGAUGCACUGUACAAUUUGAACUUAGACAUACUGUUGCAUCCUGUCAACACAGAGUGUAUUUCACUUCGUGAUGAUGUUCUGAAUCAACCACGUGCGUGUGAGUGUGUGUGUGUGUCUGCCAUUUGUAUAAACUACAAAUUGCUGAGAAAGAAUAAUAUGAAUAUUUUCAGAUUUGUUCAAAUGAGAAAGAAGGAGUUGCCUUGGUAACCGAUGUAAUAAAACAAUACAGUGUGA